GAGCGGGGAGGUGGGGAGCUGGAAGUUGGAGGUGGAGUAAGUGCCGAAUAUGAGCUGCUGUCCCCAGCUCCGGGAUGGGAACUGAUGAGGUCACGGGGAUUUCAGUUCCCAAACAAAAAAGUUAGAGGGGGGGGGGAGAAAAGAAGCCUUCAACUUGUUUUUCCAGUGAGACGGAAACACGGAGACGCUGCGGGAGCGAUGGAGCAGCUCGCAAAACUCCUCCUGUGGCAGAUGGUGCUUCAGCAAAGUUCUGUUCAUUUAUACUCAGUCCCAGCUGAUGCCUCCAACCCCCAGAACAGUGUUGUAGUGUCAGUGCUGAACAUCAGUGCUGCAGUGGGCUCUCAGGCUGUGCUGCCCUGCAAGAGCUACCGCAUGGUGUGGACCCAGGACCGCCUCAACGACCGCCAGCGCGUGGUGCACUGGGAUGUGUACAGCAGCUACUAUGGGGACAAGAUGGAGAGGCUGUGUGACAUGUACUCUGCUGGAGCUCAGCGAGUCUACAGCUCCUACAACCAGGGCAGGAUAUUCAUGCCCCAGAAUGCAUUUACAGAUGGCAACUUCUCCUUGGUCAUCAAAGAUGUUGAAGAGAGUGAUGCAGGCACCUAUUCUUGUAACCUUCACCAUCACUACUGCCACUUAUAUGAAACUGUGAAAAUCCGCCUAGAUAUCACCAAGAAAGCUGAAGAUGCAAACCAGUACUGGGAUGGGGAAAUGCCAGUGAUUGUUGCUCUGGAAGGCAGCACGGUGAUGCUGCCCUGUGUGAACCACAACCACAUCUGGACUGAGCGGCACAGCGAGGAGGAGCAGCAAGUGGUGCACUGGGACAGGCAGCCACCGGGGGUCCCUCACGACCGCGCCGACCGCCUCAUUGAUCUCUAUGCAUCUGGGGAGCGCCGCUCCUACGGGCCUCUCUUCAUCCGUCAGAAGAUGAACAUCACUGACACAGCCUUUGCCCUGGGUGACUUUUCCCUGCGGAUUUCCGAGCUGGAAAGCGCAGAUGAAGGCACUUACUCCUGCCACCUGCACCAUCACUACUGUGGCCUGCAUGAGCGCAGGAUCUACCAAGUCUUCGUGACCGAGCCAGUGAGAGAGAAGAAGGUGGUGAACCUCACAACUCACAACGUUGCCCCAGCCAUAGAUCCAAACGUUGUCAGGGGCCACAAUGUGAUAAAUGUCAUCAUUCCCGAGAGCCGGCUGCACUUCUUCCAGCAGCUGGGCUACAUCCUGGCAACUCUGCUGCUCUUCAUCGUCAUCCUCAUCAUUGUGGUGCUCAUCACCCGCAAGCGCCGGCAGAGAGGUUAUGAAUACAAUGUGAAGAAAUAUGGAGAGAAGGAUGUCAAUCUGAAAGAGUUUACAGUCGACACAACAGAUCUGACUCAAUACAGAAGCGAAGACAUCAGGCUGGAUUACAAAAACAACAUCUUGAAGGAGAAGGCUGAGCAAGCCAGAAGCUUCCCAGCAAAGAACAUUGAUUUAGACAAAGAUUUCAGGAAGGAGUACUGUAAAUGAAGACAUUCCCAAGCUGCUGGCUGGACCAGAAGCUUCAAUCAAAGAUAGAUAAAUAGAAGAGAGAUGCCUUUUCUCAAUAUCAUGUCUCUCCAGUUACCAUAGAUCUUUUCACGUAGACUUCUCCCCACUAAGCACAAGGGUAUUUGCAAAUGCUUUUUGAAAGAGUUAGAUUGUCUUAUGUGCACUUACAAUGGGUUUGGGUUGCCUUUUCUUCUUCUGUUCUCUCAAUCCUCUAUUCCCCUUCUUCUUUCCUGAUAUUAUUGUUGGUUUUAUGCAUCAAUGAUUUUUAUGAGCUGAAUCAGCAGACCUUUUGCUUUGAUGUUACUGCUUUGAAUAAACCAACCUGCAUCACUCA